GGCAGCGAUGUCUGUGCCUAAGAAAAUACCAUGUGACUGUGUUUUAUAGACUAACGUGUGAUGGUAUAGAAGGCCCUUACCCAGUGAGGAUUCAGCUUACAAAACAAUGGUCCACUUUUUGCAGAAAGAAGAGUAUGUCGAUACGUGUGUAAAAUGCUCUUUAGAAAAAGUGGGCAUCAUUGGGAGGCAGACUGUUGACUGAUGUGGUUGUCUUUGUGCUUGUUAAUAUUUUCUGAAUGUCCUGUCAGGAUCCAGUAUUACUUUUGUAAAAAGAAAAUGAAAGGUGAUAAGGGUAUUUUUUGUCUUGAGCACCCAUGGGCUCCCGUGUGGGCUGGUCUGAAGCCUGCAGGUUGUGGCUGAGGGACUCACUGUUACCUUUGCCUCCCCAGGGGACACGGCAGCAUGGCCAGCGUGCUGUCCCGGCGCCUUGGUAAGCGGUCCCUCCUGGGAGCCCGGGUGCUGGGACCCAGUGCUUCAGAUGGACCCUCCGGGGCUGGCCCACCCUUGGAGCUGCAGGUAGAGCUGCCAGAGGGGACUGCUCUCCAGCCCUUCCUCACCUCUAAGGACCCUGCGUGUCAGGAACCACCCAAGGAGGUCCUCAAGACUCUGGGCACUCUGGGCUUCCCACAGGUGGCCUUUCAGCCUGGACAGAAGGUUUAUGUGUGGUAUGGAGGUCAGGAAAGCCUAGGCCUGGUGGAGAAGCACAGCUUAGCAGAGGACAAGGUGACGGUCUGGCUGUUGGACCAGAAGUUACAGAUCUGCUGCAAAGUGGAGGAGGUGUGGCUGGCAGAGCUUCAGGGCGCCAUGUCCCCAGCACCACCCGUGGAGCAUGGAGCUCAGGUGCCGGCCUACAGACCUGUCUCCAGAAACAUCGAUGUCCCAAAGAGGAAGUCAGAUGCUGUGGAAAUGGACGAGAUGAUGGCGGCGAUGGUGCUGACGUCUCUAUCCUGCAGCCCAGUUGUGCAAAGUCCUCCCAGGGUCGAGGCCAGUUUCUCUGCUUCUCGCGACCCGUGGAAGGAGAGUGGCGAUGUGUCAGAUAGUGGUAGCAGCACCACCAGUGGGCACUGGAGCGGGAGCAGUGGCGUCUCCACCCCCUCGCCCCCCCACCCCCAGGCCAGCCCCAAGUACUUGGGGGAUGCCUUUGGUUCACCGCAGACUGAUCAUGGCUUUGAGACUGAUCCUGACCCUUUCCUGUUGGAUGAACCAGCCCCACGCAAAAGGAAGAACUCCAUGAAGGUGAUGUACAAGUGCCUGUGGCCCAACUGUGGCAAAGUUCUACGCUCCAUCGUGGGCAUCAAACGCCACGUGAAAGCCCUCCACCUGGGGGACACUGUGGACUCUGACCAGUUCAAGCGGGAGGAGGAUUUCUACUACACAGAGGUGCAGAUGAAGGAAGAAUUGGCAGUGGCUGUAGCUGGCCCCUCUGCCCCUGGGACUCCCGCUGCCGAUCCAGCACCCACCCCCUGCGUGACCAGCCCAUCCCUUGCUGCUCUUCCACUGCCUCCGCCCAAAGCCCAGUACUCCGGUCCAGAACAUCCUGGCCUGGAGUCCUCCCUGCCCUCGGGGGCACUCAGCAAGUCAGCUCCUGGCUCCUUCUGGCAUAUUCAGGCUGACCAUGCAUACCAGGCUCUGCCGUCCUUCCAGAUCCCUGUCUCCCCCCACAUCUACACCAGCAUCAGCUGGGCAGCUGCCCCUGCCACUGCCUCCCCCAUGUCUCCGGUCCGGAGCCGGUCUCUUAGCUUCAGUGAGCCGCAGCAGCCACCACCUGCAGUGAAAUCUCACCUGAUUGUCACCUCUCCACCCCGGGCCCAGAGCAGUGCCAGGAAAGCCCGUGGGGAGGCCAAGAAGUGCCGCAAAGUGUACGGCAUUGAGCACCGGGACCAGUGGUGCACGGCCUGCCGGUGGAAGAAGGCCUGCCAGCGCUUCCUGGACUGAACCUUGCCACCAGCCCUGCUCCCAGCCCUGACUGCAGCCUGACCACAUGACUGAUGAGAGGCAGAUGGGCCUCCAGCCCUCAAAAGAACCUGGAGAGAUUCAGAGUGGACGUGUGCAACUCGGGCGCUAUUGGCUAAGGUGUAAUACUUAAAACACUUUCUUCCCCCUGUGGGAAUGUUCUAUUUUUUAAAAAAAGAAACAAAAAAUAUUUUUCCCCCUAAAAUAGGAGAGAGCCAAAACUGACCAAGAGUGUUCUACAAUGAACCAGAGACCAAAGAAUCACUCAUCUUCCUCCUCCAUCUCCCCAACUCCUAGGGGACUAGUUUGUACACCGUAAAAGAAGGGACAGGACUGCUCUUCCUGUUCCCUGCCGAGUCUAAUCCUUUGCUUUCUUGACUCUUCCAGAAAAGACUGUGAGCAAGAUGAAUUUCCUUUUCUUUAAAAAAAAAAAAAAAAAAGUUUC